AUGGCAAUGUCCAAGGCAAGGUCUCAUGGGCGAAACGACUGGCAGAGCGCAGUUGCUCUUUGCAUGAGUUCGACGAUAUUAACUUCUGACCUGAAUAACGGCGGCAAAGUUGUGCCCUUGGAAAAAGAUGCGCAUAUCCUAAUCGCGGACCACGCGAGGAAGGAUGCUCAUCCGGACUCAUAUUCGUGGAAGUACAUCACAGAAUCUGUCCAGCAUGGGUACGCGCAACUGACAGAUCGGUACCGCAUUUUUGGCCACCCAGAGGCGGCCAGUGUUCGUGUUGGUGUCAGCACGCCUGUGAAGCGUACACGAACCCCUUUCUCCGCCGCUGACGAUGCCGCACUGGCAAACUGGGUGUUGGCUCACACGGAAGGUCGCACUGGCAAUAAGAUCUUCCAAGAAUUUGCCGAGACGGUUAACGAGACGAAGCAUUCUUGGCAUACGUGGCAGUCAUGGCGGAACAGAUUCGUCAAGUCUUUAGCAAACCUCCCAAUCGCAGACCUUGAGAAGCUGGCAAUGUCCGCUGCAGACUUGGCUCUCCAAACCACGAACCCUGUUAGUCGGUCAGCUUCUAGCCAAGCAUACUCAAGACAACAAGAGGAGCAACUACCAAAUGCAGCAGUACAGGCCCCCGGAAAGACACGGAAGAAGCAAGCAGCCCGCACCCCUCACCGGCCGGCGUCUGCGUCGCCUUUUACAAAUCCCAAUAAUGUCCAAAUCACUACCGCAUCUAUAGCGACGAGCGAGCAGAAAUCUGAGAAAGGCGAAGUUGGUACCCAAGACGCCAUGCGAGCCAGAUUCUACGCUGAUUUGCUCACCUUUGCUGAGGAGACUGAGGCUGAUCUUGAUCCAGAUCCCUGUAUUGGCGGUAAGACCGUCGAUUUAUGGGAUUUGAGCCAAGCUGUCGCUGUGCAAAAGGUGCCACUAGAAGAAGUGGAUUGGAUGAAAGUCGCCGAAGACCUGAAUUACAACUUGGUGGAAAACAAGGACGUAACAUCAGAACUGCGGCGAUACUACGAGGAUAAUCUUGCAGAGUUCUUUGAAGAAGUGUCUAGCUUCUCUCUCAACUACUAUGGAGAAUUGGAAGAUGCGCAACGUUCCGGACCACUUUCUCCCGAAAACAAUGUUCCUUCCUCACCUCCUCGUCAAAGCAGCAACCGAAAGAGGUCCAUGGAUGAUCACACCCCGUCAACAGUGGAGAAGUCGUCAAAGCGUAGGCGAUUGAGUCGCAAUGCAGAAAUACCGUCAACGCCGGAGGAGAUAGUAGGUGUACUGACGAUGCAGUCGCCUAGUGUUAUGAAAGCCAAGCAAUUACGACAAGCUUCCUCUAGCUCUAUGAAGACUUCUACUUCAGGGGUGCCGUCUCGCGCUGUCGAUGGCGAUGACGACAACGAAACUGAUGAUAGAGAUGAGGUUGUGACUGAGACGCAAUUCGGACGGGUUCCACGGCUGGAAGCCCAGCAAAGUACGUUCGACGUGACACCUUCACAGCAACUACACUCCGAGGCUUUAGAUGUAACUCCAAUUCCACUGAAUUUGAGGAAGGGCCGUGAUGACCCAAAAGAGAAGCAAGCUGAAAGCUCGGAGCCUGCCCAGGAACCGGAGGCUUCAACUCUAAAGCGGAAGGCAACAAACCGAGCGACCAAACGAUCACUACCUGCAUCCUUUCAGCCAGCUCCAGGGCUGUUGUCUACUCAGCAGGCCGAAGCAAGAGCUAGGCGACCGUCAGCGCCCAUUCGAGUAGAACUAGACGAAGAAGGAAACAGCCAGGACAUCCGCGAAUGUACUGAAUUCUAUGAGGCUCUCGGCUACCCCCGCGCCAUUGUCAUCGAAUCGCUCAUGCGCACCACAAUGACGCCAGGCUGGCCGAUGAUCUCACUGCUGGAAAAGUUGCAGAAUGAAGAAGGUGUGCCCUCAAAUUAUGAGGGAAUCUGGACCGACCGCGAUGACAAGAGCUUGCGGUACGCCGACGCCAUCGAGGCUCGCAAGUCUUCUGCGAGCACGAGAGAGCUGAACAAGGCAAAGAAGGAGCUUGAUCGGAUCGUGCACAAGCACACUCAGGAAGCGGUCGAUUUGAGACGGCGAUUUCUGCGGGCGCAAGCCGUUAUGGACAGGGAUUGA